AUGAGAAAAAUAAACAAUAUUCAAACUAUUGAUACAACUUUUAGCACAGACCAUAGACUGUUAAGGAUAGUGUAUAAUUUAAAGUACAAUGUGAAGAAGGACAGAAAAUCAUUUGGCCAUAAGAAAGUUCAGCUCACCUGCAUAGAAAAAGAAACGAUCAAACGCAAUUUUUCUGAAAUACGGGAAAGAUAUAGUACGGAAGGUAAAAACACUGAACAAAAAUAUACAGAUUUAACGUUACAAAUUAAAGAAAUUAUCAACCAACUACCAAAAAUUAAAGAAAAAUCAGAAAAUGAAAUUAUAUUUAAUGACUAUGUAAGAGAACUAAUUCAGGAAAAAGUAUACUUAAAAUCUAAGAAGCACAGAUCGAAGGAAGAAAGGAAAAGAUUAACAAAACUCUAUCGUAAAAUAAAAGAAAUAAUAAAAAAGAAAAAAUAUCAACUAAAGUAUAAAAUUAUUGAAGAAGAACUUAAAGAUAGAGGCUCAGUCAAACGGUCAGAAAAACGUUUGUCGAAACAUAGAGACUGGAUUACUUCACUGAAAGCACCCACAGGAGACAAAAUAAGUAAAAGAACAGGAUUACUUAAACUAGCGACCAUGUACUAUGAAAACCUCUACAAAAACUCUGACAUAAGCCCAACUUGCAUCGACAACAACAUCGGUCACAAAGAAUAUAUAGAAAAUAUCCCGGCUUUAACUCAAAGUGAAAUAAGAACAGGUACUUUUAAUCAAGUUAAAAGACCAAGAGAGAAAAUUUAUUGUGAGGGACCGAAUGCAUGGUACUCAAAAGGUGAAGUCAUAUUAGUGCAAGUGAUUUAUGAUUUAUUCCAAUACAUAUACAUA